AUGGUGGCUCUUUCUUCACCAUUGGUACCACCAAAUAUUGUGAAAGCACGUUUUCACAUACUCUCCUAUCUUUCUUUUUUACUUUCUUUUCUUUCUUUUUUCUUUUUACUUUCUUUCUUUCUUUCGUUCUUUCUUUCAUUCUUUCUUCAUGUAUCUAUCUAUCUAUCUAUCUAUCUAUCUAUCUGUCUGUCUGUCUGUCUGUCUUAUUGCUUGCUUCUCUGUGUUCGUGUCUGUAUACCUCUAUAUAUUACUAUUUAUCAUCUAUCCCUGUAUGUACAUAUCUAUUUCUCUAUGCCUGUUCAUAUCUAUCUAUCUAUCUAUCUAUCUAUCUAUCUAUCUAUCUAUAUCUAUCUAUCUAUCUAUGGAUAUCUAUCUAUCUAUCUAUCUAUCUAUCUAUCAUUCUAUUCAUCUAUCUACUUCAUCUCUCUCCUUUUCUCUUUUUCUAUUCGUUUCUUAUUUUUCCUACCAUUUUCCUGUUUUUUUUCUAAAUUUGAUCCAUUCUUUCUUUCUAUUUUAUUUUUUCCGUAG